UAAUUUUCAAUUAAAAUUAAACAAUCAAAUUCCACUACCAAAAUUGCUUCGUUGUCUCGUCUGUUCUUCCGGCUUUUAUCUCCACCAUCUCAGAUACAAAGAAAGUUGAAAUUUCUUCACCGCCACCCGAUUUCCUUCUUUACCACGAUCUGAAGUUUCCCUGUUACUCAAAGAUUUCGCAGAUCUGACAUGGAUUUCAUGAAGGUUUUCGACCAAACUGUCCGUGAAAUAAAGAGGGAGGUGAAUUUGAAGGUCCUGAAGGUUCCCGAAAUGGAACAGAAGGUGCUGGAUGCAACAGAUGAUGAACCAUGGGGUCCUCAUGGAUCUGCACUAGCAGAAAUAGCGCAAGCUACAAAGAAAUUUUCUGAAACUCAGAUGGUUAUGAAUGUUCUCUGGACAAGAUUGAGUGAAACUGGUAAGAAUUGGCGUCUUGUCUAUAAGGCUUUGGCUGUUAUAGAGUAUUUGGUGGCGCAUGGAUCUGAACGUGCAGUGGAUGACAUUAUCGAACAUACUUUCCAGAUAUCUUCACUCUCGAGUUUUGAAUAUGUUGAGCCAAGUGGAAAGGACAUGGGCAUAAAUGUCCGGAAGAAGGCUGAAAACAUUGUGGCCCUGUUGAAUGAUAAAGAUAAAAUACAAGAAGUGAGAAAUAAAGCAGCUUCAAAUCGUGAAAAGUACUUUGGACUUUCAUCUACUGGAAUUACUUACAAGUCAGGUUCAGCAUCGUGUGGCAGCAGUAGUUAUUAUAGCAGUGAUAGUUACCAAGGUCAGAGUACCUUUAGAAGCGAUAGAUUUCGUGAUAGGAGCAGUGACAGGGAUUCAUUUACAAAGGAAAAAGAUGGCCAGGAUGACUUUAAAAAGUCAGAUUGGGCUAAACAGGAAGGCAAGGGUCUUACACAGAACAGCAGCAAGGAUCAAGGUAAAACAUCAUUUAGUACAUCAAAGCCAUCAAAAAAGUCAAAUGACUCUGCAAAUAAGACUGCCUCCUUCAGUGCUAGUACCCCUACAAAUAAUUCUGACGAAGAUUUUGAUGAUUUUGAUCCUCGUGGGACUUCCACCACCACCACCACAAGUGUUUUGAAUGUUGAAGCUGCUGCACCAAGCCCCAAUGGGGUGGACCUUUUUGGAGACAGUUUACUUGGAGAUCUCAUGGACGCCCCAACUCUUGUUCCUCCUGGAAAGCUGGACAGCAGUUCUCCUGAGGUUGAUCUGUUUGCAGAUGCUACUUUUGUAUCAGCUUCAGCACAAGUGGAAAAGGCUUCCUCGUUAAAGACUACUGAGGUUGAUUUGUUUGCUUCGCGACCUGCUUCAGUUUCUGCAACGGUCGACUUUUUUGCCUCUCCUGAGCCAGUUGUACAAACAGGAACCAACUUUGCUAGCACAGUAAGAGACAGUAAAGCUUCAGAACCUGCUUCAGUUUCUACAACAAUCGACCUUUUUGCCUCUUCUGAGCCAGUUGUGCAAACAGAAACUAACUUUCCGAAUGUGGCAAGAGACUUUAAACAGAAACCAGCUUCACAACCUGCUUCAGUUUCUACACCAGUUGACUUAUUUGCCUCUUCUGAGCCAGUUGUACAAACAGAAACCAAUUUUGCUGGCACAGCAAGAGACAGUAAAGUUGUGGACCCAUUUGCUGCUCUUCCACUUAACUCUUUUGAUGGAUCAGAUCUUUUCGGUGCACCGUCUUCGCACUCUGAACCAGUGUCAUCAGCACCUUCCCAGAAUCCUGUUGGUGUCCCAUCUAAUAAUUUAGAUGGAAAAUCUAUCAACAGUUCAACAGCUCCAUCCAAGAAGAAUACUUUCCAGGUCAAAUCUGGGAUUUGGGCAGAUUCACUUAGUCGAGGAUUGAUUGAUCUUAAUAUCUCUGCUCCCAAGAAGGUUUCCCUUGUAGAUGUUGGUGUCGUGGGGGGAUUGAGCGAUUUCUCAGAUGAGAGGGAGAAAGGACCAGUGCCUACUUAUCACAUGGGGCAAGCAAUGGGUGCAGGAUCCGGUCUUGGUAGGACGGGAUCGCAGGCGCUUGGAGAAGAUUUCUUUUCACAACUUUCUGGUCAACAGUACCAAUUUGGUGGUUUCCAGAAGUAAAUUUGUUCUUUCAGCCCUGCCUCUUUUUCUUCCUGUUGAUCUGCAAAGAGUGUGUGGGAAAACCUUGAGCUUUUUGGUGUGAGUAGCUUUUGCAUAUACGCCACAUAUUAUUUGAAUCGAGGAAAUGCCUACUUGAAUCGAGGAAAUGCCUUGAAUAAUGUAAAAUGGUUGCUGCGUUUCUUGUGGUUCUAUAUUUUACUGAGUUGCUGUGAAUGAAGGAAUGAUACUUCUUUUCAUUGGACAUGUUGCGAAAGCAAGACAAAGCAUUUUAUAUUUUUUUAAAAAAAAAAAUUGGAAAGGGGGAAUCGCAAUAUCCUAUCUAUAAAUGAUUCUGAUGUUUA